AUGGAAGUUAUUUCAUCAAAACGAUUCCUUUUAUUGACUUUAGUCACUUCAAGCUUGUUAACACCCAUCUUCUGUGCAGAUGAAUUAAUGAUGUCCAAACUUCACAGAAAAGAAAACUAUGACAAAUAUUCUGAGCCUAGAGGAGACCUUAAAGGGGAAAAGAAAAGAAGUCUCAAUUUUGAAGAAUUAAAAGAUUGGGGUCCAAAAAAUGUCCUUAAGACGAAUACACCUGCAGUCAACAAAAUGCCACACUCAGCAGCCAACCUGCCGCUGAGAUUUGGGAGGACCAUGGAAAAAGAAAGCACCAGAGGGAUGGCCGACCCGCCUCUGAGAUUCAGAGGAAACUUUCAGGAAAGCAUCUGGAGACGUGUUCCUAAUCUGCCCCAAAGGUUUGGGAGAACAACAGCCAAAAGUGUCACCAAGACACUGGGUGAUAUGCUCCAACAAUCCAUGCAUUCACCAUCUGUCAAUAAGUUACUUUACUCCGUGACCUAUCAGCUCCAAGAAAGCCAGAAUCCUGAUCAAAAACAUCCAAGGAGACUGGGAUUCCAGAAAAUAGAUGAUACAGCAUUAAACCAAGAAAAAUAA